AUGAUCCUCCUCCUCCCGCAUCUCGCACUUCUCUGCGUGCUCUUGCCUAGCUACCUUCGACCGGAAAGAGACGCUCCCCAAGUCCCCCCUCUACCGAUAGAAGGAAGCACAGAAUGGCUCGCCAACGUCCAAGCCAUCCAGAACCUUAUGGGCUUCGCCUCAGACAUAUACGAUCUCGCCCUGCCCCUCCUGCCGCACCUUACGCAGCGCACGGUGUACUCCAUCCCCCUCACGCGUUUCCUCUCACUCAGCGUGCUCCUCCUCCUCCCCUUCCUGCCGUACCUCCCCCUCCGGCCCAUCUUCCUCUGCCUCGGGCUCUCCCCUUUCCUCCUCACCCACCCCUCCGUCCUCCCGCUCCACCCCCACCUGCUCGCCAAGCUUCACAGCCUAGGGAGCCUCGUAGCCCUCAAAGCAAAGGACGACGAUGCGCUCACCUGCUCGCACUGGACCGCUCGGGCAGGGGGGGAGCGUACCUGGGGCCUGAUCGAGACCUGGGAACGAGAAACCUUUAGAUUACCAGAAGGCGCCUCUGAGCAGAUAGGCAAGCAGUGGCUGCCCGAAGGCCUGCGCAGCGCGUUUGAAGUCGCGCUUAUCCCUGGCUGGGAAACGGUGGACGAAGGCUGGGUAUGUGACUUUUUUGCGGGGUGGGCGGGAGGGGGAGCGGAUGGCGAUGGGUGGGUGUAUGCGGAUGAAUUGGGGAGACCGCUGGACCCGCUACUGGGGAAGGGGGUGUUGAGGAGACGGAGAUGGACGAGGAGAAUUUGGAGGGUGCCGAAGGAGGUGUGA